AUGGCUACCGGACAAUUGCUUGUGACCCCUGUGUCUCUUCGUGGUUUGGAAGAUACCGAAUAUGAAGAAUCCAAGACCUUUGUUGGAUGCUACAUUGAUCACAAUGACAAGCACCGUACUCGUUCAGCCGAGGGACCCGAGCCUGAGUGGAACCACACAUUGAAAUGCGAUGUUCCUGCUGGUGCUGUUUAUCUUCAAGUUGAAGUAGUCAACGAGGAUCCCGAAAAACCUGGUGUUAUCGGUGGCUCCCGCAUUUCAUUGUACGCUGUAUUCAAUGAACGUAGCACGGAAGAAUGGAUUUCAAUCGUCAAUGGUCAAGGCGAACCUGUUGGUCAACUCCUGUUGAAGCUCGAAUUUGAUGGUGAAUAUGAUGGCGGUGAGAUUGAAAGCUACCAGGCAACUCGUAACCUUGAUGAAGAAGACGAAGAAGAGAAAAAGGUCCCUGAUUGGGUGAAAUACGGUGGUAUGGCUCUUGGUGCUGCUGCAGCUAUUGGUCUUGGUGUUUGGGCAUAUCACGAAUACAAAGAACGAAAGGAAGAAGAAGAGGAAGAAGAAGCGGCAAGAGAAGCAAUCGCUGACACAGGCUAUGGCGAAGCUCAGAGUGAUUCGGACUAG